UUAGAAAUACUUCAAUCGCUUGUAAUUGUCAGCAAUCAAGGAUGCUUCACUGCCAGCAUUGGCAGCUGCGUGGCGCGCACUCUCCCUCCGGAAUUAUUUUUCCGAAUCGAUGAAUUGUGUAGGUUCCACCAAAAAGGACGCAGUCAAAGAACUCGCUUCGCCAACCGAACCGACGUGUCGUUUGGUCGUUUGGUUGGAAGAGGCAAAGGAAGUGUAUAAAAAGGACAUCCGCCGUUCAACAGGUGCGUCAGUUUGCGAUUGACCGUGACCGCGUCGACAUGCAGCCGGUGUCGCGUUCGGUUGCUCGAGACUAGUGGGCUGUGAGAAAGGCAGACACGCACAACAAGGAAAGGACUCGGCAAAAGUGCAAACAUUUAUUUUUGGUGACCCGAGGAUUAACCCAGCAAAAGUGCAAACAAUCUGUUACCGUUUUCGGGCGUAAAACCGUUGCUUUGCGGUAGUGUUAAGUGGACAGGGACACGAUGGCCAUAUUUUGUCUAGUGCUCGCCACAGCCGCAUUCGUGCUGACUUCGGUGCCCCAAGCAUGUCGCUGCGAUCGUUCCGAUCAAACCGAUGGCAACGAUUUAGCGCUGCGAGCAAUUCUGUCCUCCAGUGAUAACGGGUUGGAGGGAAAAAUUUGGCAAACUAUUCGCGAACGAUUUGCAAACGGAGAUGAGAACAACAAUUUGAUUUCGGCCGACGCCAAACUAACAGCGAACGUUCCGGCGAGCUCGUCCGACGCCGUGCAGUUUCUGGAAUCGCUGAUCAACCGUUACCGGAAGUACGUGGUGGAAAGAUUCGUUCGGUUCGAUGACGCGUGUUCGGUGGAACUGUUGGGCGGUGGAACGUCCGAAAGCGACGACACCGAGGAUAACGAACCGCGCACAGAAAUAUCGCACAGCAGCGCGACCUCCGACGGUCUGCUGGAGGGAAGUCCGGCCAAGGGGGCUAGCGGUGGUGAGUCGUUUCGACCGGAAAUCAACGCAUCGAACCAGCUAGGACACGAUUUAUGUUCCCGAGGCGUGAAACAGUAUUACCGCUGUCUGAUGGAACGCUUCAACGAUCGGCAGCUGAUCGGCAUGUUGCAGGAUCAUCUGGAAACGUACUGCUUCCGGCGGGGAGACCGGUUCGACGGUAGCUCGGCCGCGCUUCGCAAACGUGACACCCCGCGCUAUGUGUCCAAGCAAAAGUUCCACUCGUGGGGAGGUAAGCGGAACACGGCCCAGGUGUUUUAUCCGUGGGGUGGCAAACGUACCGUCCCGCGACCACACAAGCAACCGAAGGUGGUCAUACGCAAUCCUUUCCACUCGUGGGGUGGCAAACGAAGCGGACUGGCGAUAGAUUCGGUUUCAGAUUGAUCGAUUGAACGUCUACCCGCCAUCGUCUUGCGUCUCAGGUAGUAAGGAGAACGUUUCUUUGUCACCGGUAAGAUGAUGAAGCUAUGAAGCCAGCAGUCGCCGUCACCGAUCCACCAGCCAUUUCGACGCUUUUCCCCUCCGGUCAGUGCAUGUUUUGUGGUAUUACUAUUGCUAUCGUCCCGUUUGCUAAGCGCUUUCCAAAGCUGCCCCGCGCAAGCAGUUCGCACACUCGCAAUUCACACAGAGCAGCAAGGAAAUCUAUUUGAAUAAACAUUACGUUUGCGAACCGAA